CAAUGUGGAAAUUCGUUGUGCUGAUUCCCAUUCUGCUCACCUAUACCGAAGGCAAUACCGAAGGGCCUGACAUAGUUGGCGGUACCAAAGCCAAGGAGGCAGAAAGACCAUUUCAAGUAUCUUUGCAAGAGGUAAUAGGGUAUCACUUCUGCGGCGGAUCAAUUAUAAGCGAAUAUUAUGUUCUAACUGCAGCUCACUGUACUGUAGUAUUUGAUAAGGCAAUGGUAGGUUUUUUGUUUGCUGCAGUAGGUAUGUUGGAUGUUCGCCAUCCUGGUCAAAAUCACAAACUCUCUGACUUGAUAGUACAUGAAAAAUAUGACCCCAACGAUUCAUUUCGCAAUGACAUUUCUCUCGCAAAGGUUCAAGAGCCUUUUACCUUCAAUACAUUUGUACAACCAGUUCCCUUGCCGAAAUCUGACUUUCCUGUGCCAGCUAACAGCAGUGUUGUACUUUCUGGUUGGGGAGAUCUUGGAGGGACAGAAAAUGAAUCACCUCACCAUCUUCGGGUAGCAACGUUGUAUGUAGUCGAUCAAGAAAAAUGUAAAAAAAUUAUUGAAACUGGACCUAAUCAUGUUUAUAAAACAAAUCUCUGCGCAUACGAUCCCAAUACUAGAAAGGGACAGUGCACAAAGGACUCUGGUGGUCCGUUGACAUUGAAUGGAACACUUGUCGGAAUAGUUUCAUGGUCUUUUAAAGAUCCUUAUUGUGGAAGUACGAAAAGACCAGCUCAAUACACAAGAGUGUCUGAGUAUAUAGACUGGAUCAAGGAGCAUACUGCUUAAGAAUUAUACAGUGGCACUUAAAACUUUAAGUAACAUGUAAUUGUUAA